AAUCCAGCAGGACACUUGGCCCGUCAAUCACAGUUCGACGCAGCAAGGCGGCCAAAAGAAUAUCUUCAAUCGAGCAGGAGACAACCCGAGUAUUCAACAAGACUGUUACUCUCACCAACCUUUGCCGCGAGUGUUAACGUCACCAAAUCCAUCUUCUCGAAUAUCCAACGAAAGCGUCUACACCUCUUACUCGACUCGCGCAUACAAGGAGCAAGUUCCAAUCUUCAAUCUCAGGACCUAGAAAUGGCCAAUAGAACGCGUUCACCAACCGGCUACACAGACCCGACGGCCAUUAAUCUCAACCGGCUGCUAUCGAGACUUGAACACAUAAUAUUAGCAGAGCCAUCGCCGCAGCUGAGAAAGUCAAGUUACGAGCGGGCGCGCGUCAAUGCUAACAUCGAGCACGCGCGCACACUUCUACUCAAUCUUGAACACUCCGCGUCCACCUUGCCCUCCAAAUCCAAGAAGACUGCAGUCCAAAAAGACCUCCAGCAAAAGCGGGAGCUUAUCAAGCAACUCAACCAACGGAUAUACGAGCUGAACCAGCUCGACGAUGAAGAGUCUGAAGAGUCGGUAGACUCAGACGAGGAGGACGAAGACCAGUUCCCCUCAUACGCACCGCGGGUAAAGGCAGAUGCGGGCAGAGAUAUCACAGCGUCAGAAGGACAGGGCAAUGAAGCAUUUCAGAAUGCAGCACAAGGUCUUGCAUCACAACUACGGAAAAGAGGCAAAGCGGAAGAGGCUCAGGGCGCACAAACAGCGAGCGGGAACUCGCUGUUCCCUUCGAGACCCACAACGACGACAGGCGAUCCUUCACUCGCGCACACAGAAGGGCGACUCUCGCACGAUCGCUCCGAGCAAGAAUCGCUGACAACGAGCCUUCUCGAAAUGGCCAAACAGUUGAAGCAGCAGUCGAUAAACUUUGGCAACACGUUGGAAGGUGAUAAGGGUGUACUUGACCGGGCUGUCUCCGGUUUGGAUAAAAACACGAUGGGCAUGGAUGCCGCCAGCAAAAGGAUGGGCACGUUGCGGCGGAUGACUGAGGGCAAGGGCUGGUGGGCACGCUUGAAGCUCUACGGCAUGAUUGCUGGGCUUUGGUUGAUCGCAUUUCUGAUUGUGUUCGUCGGGCCGAAGAUUCGGUUCUAAGUCAUACUUUUGAAAUUGCGCAAGCAGGACUCUGGAUGGUGCCUGAGCUUCCCAGCCGCAUUUGAGCAACAGUGGUAGGAAUCAUGACAGACCCCUACAAAGUAGAUAUCCGCAACAUUAUUGAAGCAAUAGGACACACAGCCACAUACAUAGAAAUGGCGCAGUCACGUCGAGUUCAAUUCAGCUCAUACUACACAGUCUCGUGCGGCAAUAGACCCAGUCUCAGCUAGCUUUGUACAAGCUCACAAUCUAGACUCGUAGGUGCCCCGGCCUUCUCCGCUCAGCCUUAAAGCGACUCCAUCCCCGAUUGCUUGGCAUCGAUCAUAAAUCCUCGACGUACGCCGAGAAACAUCAAUACCACGACAUCCAUCCUUCACAUUCAUUCCGUUAGAAUUAUUUGGUGUCGCGACAACAUGGCCACCGAAUCGUUCCAGUUGGGCUCGCGCU